AAUGCGGAGUCCGCACGGGACAGUGUCCACCACCACCACUAUCAGCUGCUUACUAUUCAUUGCAGUAUUACCGGUUUCAAUAGAAGCAGUACAAUCGACAUUCAAUUAUGUUCCGAUCGGACAAAAUCCCACACUCUACACACCUGGUUUUGAACCCAUCAUGCACCUAGAUCAGAUGACAUUCAACGAUACAGUAUUCUCGGACCGCGCUUUUCUUGUCGAGUUCUAUGCUGACUGGUGUGGACAUUGUCGAGCGUUUGCUCCAUAUUUCCGCCAGUUUGCCAACAUGGUCCGUGAUUGGUAUCCAGUUGUCACUGUAGCUGUCAUCAAUUGCGCCGACUCAUUCAAUCAGGCGGCAUGCCGGGAAAAUGGUGUAACCUAUUUCCCAAUGAUGAAGUACUUCGCAAGGACGGCCACAACAGCGACUCAAGGAAAACUGUUUGAGACGCCACAUUCUGCUGAACAGAUUCGAGAUGCUUUGCUACGAACAGUUAGCAACGAGUACAUGUUCAACAGAUAUCCUGAUUGGCCAAACCUUGGACACAUUGCCGUCGACAGCCGUACCACUUAUGGACAACUUUGGGAUGGAGUUCCACAAAAAGCAAACUAUAUGGCAAUUCUAUUUGAAGAGUAUGAUGGAGUUGGUGCUCAAUUCGUUAUGGAUCUUAUCUCCCGAAGUCACAUUCUUGGUGCCCGCCGUGCACUUUCGAAUUCACCACUCGUUCAGAUGCUCAAUAUUCGCAAUUUCCCAACUGUUGCACUGUUCAGAAGAGACCAUCAACAAGCACUCUACAUGCAAAGAUACACAAAUCAAACUGUAAAAGAUAUUGAUGAUGCUAUCACAAAUGAUAUGGAACAAGGUGGAAGACGUGCACCAAUUCUGACGACGACGUUGGCUCCAGUUACAACAACCACUAAUACUCCACUUAUCGAUUGUCACUCACAUCCAGAACGGUGUCGUGAUAUGUAUUAUGUUUCUGAGACUGAUAUGCUCAAAGCAAUGCGUAUGGCUCUUCUCGACGAGGUCACCCGAGUUCCAGGAGCAAUCCGAGGCGAUAACUUCACCAAUUUGCACGAGUUUAUGACUCUUUUAUCAAAUCACUUCCCGGUUCUUUCCUUCCAAAAUGACAUCAGAAGAAUGCGCGCGAAGAGAACAACGUCUGUGAUUCUUCGUAAUUCUGAGAGAGCUCGUCUUGUGUUCACACACAUGCGCGAAUUCCUCGAAGGUCGCAAAUCAAUUGGUUCUGUCUCAUCUGAUGAAUAUCGUCGACAAUUCGAAAGUGUGGAACGUGUCUACGCCAGCCCAUUCCCAGUCAAUUCGACAUGGCAACACUGUAAAGGAUCAUCUCCAAUGUAUCGUGGAUACACAUGUGGUCUAUGGACAACGUUCCACGCUCUUACUGUUCACACAUAUAUUGAUACAAUCAAAGAUGACUAUGUGAAUCCAAUGAAACCACUGAGCACAAUUCAGGGAUGGGUGAAGAGCUAUUUCGGAUGUGAACACUGUCGUAAUCAUUUCAUGCAUAUGACGACGACACUGUUCCCAUUGAAUGAACGACGAGUUCGUCAUCCACACGAUAUGAUGACGUAUCUCUGGAGAGCUCAUAAUAUUGUCAACAAUCGGUUGCAUGGUGACUCGACAGAAGAUCCACAAUUCACGAAAAUGCAGUUCCCAGCACCUUUCUUAUGUCCAACGUGUCAUUCUGGAGGACAGUUUUCGCGGCGGCAGAUAAGGAACUUCCUACUCCGCUAUUAUGGAAGCAUCAAACCACAUAAUCGACUGGCAGAUCAACGUCUCGCCUUCUGAACGAACUUAUUUUAAUAGUCUUCAAAAGACUUAUAUAAUGAUGUAAAUAAUCUCCUUCGUAUUUAUAUAAGUUCAAGAUGCCUUCUAGAAUGCCUGCAAUCCUAGCUCGUUCUCCCCCAAUUUAUAACAAGAAACGACUUUUUUACCUCGAACAUAUACUUUCACCUGAUACUUCCUAUCAUUCGACCCCUUUUUACUCGUCUUCAAUCCCGAUCAGUUGUUAUUUUCUUUUUUCCAGAUUUCGAUCGAUUAGAUGUUUUUUUUGUCCAAGUUUUUAAUUCAUUUCCCCCACUAGAUUCCCAUCAUGAUUCCUGACCACACACACAAUUUGUAUUACAUUGAUGCGGGUUCCAUUUCUCUCUCCAAUUUUGCAUACCCCCUUCCACAUCACCCAUACUAUAUUCACUUUGUGCUUCUUCAUUCUCUCGUUCUGACCAACCCAUAUUUUGCCGUCGUUCCACUUAGAAAACACGUUCCUCGAAUCAGGAAAACAUUUUUUUCGUCUGUCUGUUUGAAUAUUUGGGUAUUUUUCUUCUCUUUUUCUCGAUUCAUUUCUGCAUAUUUCAUCAACAGCUCGCGAAUCCAAUCAUCAUCAUUUUGUUCGUCACAACAGAUCAGAUCACCCACCCAUUUUAUUGUCUCUGCUUCCAAUUUAUUUGUUGCCUCUGCCUUUUUCAUUGCCACGUGGUGGCAUGUGUGUUGUACAAACCUGACUUUUCUGAAAAAAAAAACUGAAAGUUUUCUUUGCACCAUCGUCACCAUCAUUUUCGCAAACUACAAACAUUGGAGGUCAAUGGACUAGCGGGCUCUACUGUGUGAGCCACUUGAAAUUUUCAAAGCGCAUUUCGUUUCCGCGAAUUUCGGAAUGUUUACCCACACUUUUGAAACAUGAUGUGAUGGUCAAACGGUGGCAAGGA